CCUAUAAGACAAGGUUGAAAAUACUCAGUCAGACUUCGAUUAAAAGACUAUACUUCUAAGUUAUGAUAGUAAAUUGUACUCGAUAGCCAAUGAGACCUCAUAUUCCAAAUUGGAUUAUAUGCAAAAAUAAAAUAUUUGUUUGAGAAUAGUAGGAAAACUCACAAAUAUUGUCAAUCGAUACGAAUUUGAAAUAGGAGAAUGCAUUGACGGAAUACGCAUGAUCAAAUUACGCGUGAUCAAUCGGCCUUUAGCUCAAUAAUCGUAGAACUCACAAAGAUUAAAUCUAUAAGACUUCCAAAAUGAAAACCGCAAAACAGAAAUACAAAUUAUGAAAAUCCACUUAAUCAGCCAGCAUCUAGUUGAAUAUUUGAAAAAACUCACAAAAUUAUCUAUCAACAAAAGUUCAAAAUACAUCAGUAGAAUACACUUGAUCAACCGACUUCUGUCUUCUCCAACGUUUGUAAAUUCCUUAGUUAAAUUUUGUCCUCUUCCUAUAAGUAUCAUAACCAAUUAGGUCAAGUGGGAGACUGUUGCAUGUACUCUCUGUUCUCGGCAAAAGUACAAAAUCCAGAAGCUGUGGCCUGUGAAAGUGAAACCAUUUCUCCCAUUAGGCCGCACUUAUUGACGUCAAUAUUUGUCGGUAGUUGCCCACAUUACAUUACCCCACGCACACAUUGUCAUCGUCAUCAUCAAACGGCGAAUCCUGUAAUCCAGACUCGUGACCAAGUUACAUCACUUCUUGAAAUUGGUAAUUCCCACUCACAACUCCAGCCUGUUUACCAUUCUUUUGAUCCCGAGUUCCUGACACUGACAGGCAUAUUAAUGAAACAAAUUACAAACCCACAUGCAAAAUGGAGAAACUCUCUUCCAUCAUUUGUCCUCUACCCUUUUCCCCAAAUUCGGGUUCUCUUCUCCUCUAUCCCCCCGCGACUGUAUGAUAUAAAUACCCAGAGUGGGAAACGGGAAAAGUUGGUAAAUUUGUCGAUAGGGAGAUCUCGGCAAAAAUGGGUUUGAUCUCCGGGAGGGAUUUGGUUUCUGGGUUUCUUCUGUUCUCGGUUUUGAGCUCGGGAAGUGCCGGCUUGGCGGCUCCCUGCGAAUCCCCAGCGAUUUACAACUUUGGAGACUCGAAUUCAGACACUGGAGGGAUAUCGGCUGCGUUCGUCCCAAUCUCAGCUCCAUACGGCGAGCAUUUCUUCCACAAGCCAGCUGGUCGAGACUCCGAUGGGCGCCUUACUGUGGAUUUCAUAGCUGAGAGGCUAAAGUUGCCGUAUUUGAGCGCUUACUUGAACUCAAUUGGGGCCAACUACAGGCAUGGAGCCAAUUUUGCUACUGGUGGUUCGACAAUCAGGAGGCAGAAUGAGACCAUUUUCCAGUAUGGGAUUAGCCCUUUUGCUCUUGAUAUGCAGAUUGUGCAGUUUGAUCAGUUCAAAGCCAGAACAGCAGAACUCUACAAUCAGGUGAAGGGUACUCCCGAGGCAGACAAGCUUCCAAGACCAGAGGAAUUCUCAAAGGCACUCUACACUUUCGAUAUUGGCCAGAAUGAUCUGUCUGUUGGUUUCAGGUUGGGUCCUGACCAACUCAAAGCAGCACUGCCCGACAUUGUUAACCAGUUGGCUGCAGCAGUCAAACACUUGUAUGAGCAAGGAGGAAGGUCAUUCUGGAUCCACAACACGGGUCCGUUUGGCUGCUUGCCUGUGAACUUGUUCUACGUCUCGAAUCCUCCCCCACAGGGUUACCUCGAUGAGCUUGGCUGCGUCAAGGCUCAGAAUGAGAUGUCAGUUGAGUUCAAUAGGCAGUUGAAGGAUAGAGUUACAAAGCUGAGGGAAGAGCUCAAGGAAGCUGCAGUUGUCUAUGUUGAUGUUCAUGCUGCUAAACAUGGACUCAUUGCCAAUGCAAAGAGAUUAGGGUUUGCUGAUCCACUGAAGGUUUGCUGUGGUUACCAUGUGAAGUAUGACCACAUAUGGUGCGGAAACAAAGGGAAAGUCAAUGGAAGUGAAAUCUAUGGUGGCUCCUGUAAAGACCCUUCUGUUUAUGCUAGUUGGGAUGGAGUGCAUUACACUGAAGCUGCAAGCAAAUGGGUUGCUGACCAAACCCAGAAUGGCUCUUUGACUGACCCACCAACUCCAAUCACCCAAGCAUGUCAUAGGCUGUGAUGUAAGAGCUCAAAGAGGGCAGAAUUUAGAACCAGGUCAUUACUCUCGUGAUCACGGCCAAGAACCUCCAACUCUUCCUCGACAUAGUGUCUAAUCGUUUUGUUGCCUCCAGCUUUUUCACAACAAAAUUUACCCGGUUUC